AGACUGGAGUAAGUUUGUUUGCAGUUGAAAUCCAUUUGAUUUUGGCUAGAGCUAGAGCUAUAGUAACAUUUGUCUGGAAAGCUAUGCUAGGCCUAAUAGUUCUUCAGAUUUGGGUCUUACCCGUUGAAGAUCAUUUGCCCCACUGAAAGUAAUGUCGUUCUCAUGUUUGGGAAAUGGAAAAGGAUCUCUUUGUCUUGGCAUUGUCAAAAAUUCCGGAAUAAAACCGAUGGAAAUACGUUCGCCACCAAACUCCUAUGAACGGAGCAGUCGAGAAUGUUUACCAACUCACGGUUGCUAGGAGACCCGGUGUGACCCCCCCACCACCACCACCACAUUUUAGACCGAAUGAAUAACGUGUGGUUAUUAAAUGCAUGUGCGUGUGUGCUCUUUAUAACAAUAUUUAAUGCACAAUUACUUUUAUUUUGAUUCAAUAUGCACAAGAAAAGGGCUGCCUGUCGCAACAAGCAUGCGUGCAAAGCAGGGACUACAUAUAAACACAUUUAGGAUAUUAUUACAAAUAAAAAAGCUAAAAUGUACAUUGACUAAAACAAUAAACGUAGAAUACACAACCAUCAUUAUUUGGAAGACACAUGACAAUCUAUUUGGUUAAUAGAGGCGGAGACAUCCGUCUACCAGUAGGACUGAUAAACCUGAGUAGUCGUGGCACAGGUUCAACUCUAAAGUCAUCGCACUGACUCGCCACUUGGUUAGAUCUACAUGCAUGUGGAGGCAAAGAUGCUCCGAGCUUCACUCUGCAUUUUUCUGUUCUUUUUUGUCGAAAUAGAUGCGUCCCGGGAACUGCCCAUGUGUAAAGAGUCAGAUUACCACUUUGAGUACACAGAAUGUGAUGUGCUGGGGUCACGCUGGAGAGUAGCAGUGCCCAAUAAGCUGGACACAUGUACCGGCCUCCCUGACCCCCUCAAAGGCACUCAGUGCACGUUCUUCUGUAGCGAAGGAGAGUUCCUGGACAUGAGCAGCCAGGAGUGUCAGAAGUGUGCAGCCGGGACCUACUCCCUCGGGACAGGGGUGGCCUUCGAUGAGUGGGACGACCUGCCUUCAGGCUUUGUCACCCAUACCAUGAACAUGCACGCAUCCGACAUCUACGCCAACUGUUCCAACUCCACUUGGACACCGAAGGGUGACUAUAUUGCCUCCAACACAGACGAGUGCACCACCACCUUGUCCUAUGCAGUGAGCCUGAAGAAACCAGGCGCUGUCUCCUUUGAGUAUUUCUACCCAGACAGCAGCAUCUUCUUUCAGUUCUACAUUCAGAAUGACCAGUGUCAGUCCACAGACUCUGAGGGCCAAUGGAUGAAGAUGUCUGAGAACGACUGGACUCCCUACAGCGUCCAGCUAAACAGUGGCAACAACGUGCUGUACUGGAGGAGCGCUGGGUUUGCCCUGAUGGGCAGCGCUGUCAAACCCGUGCUGCUGCGCAACAUCGCCAUUUCAGGGGUCGCUUACACCUCUGAGUGUUUCCAUUGUAAGCCUGGUACCUACAGUGCCAAGCCAGGAUCUGCCCACUGUGCCAGCUGUCCUGCUGAUUCCUAUUCCAACAAGGGUGCCACAGUUUGCCAACAGUGUGAGAAAGACAAAUAUGCAGAGACAGGCUCAGCAAACUGCAAGGCCAGACCUGCAUGCACGGCCAGCGACUACUUCUACACACACACUCCCUGUGACUCCAGAGGACAGACCCAGCUAAUGUACAAGUGGACUGAGCCCAAGAUCUGCAGUGAGACGGCCGAAGGGGGGGUGUCUUUGCCAGGCUCGGGUGAGAUGGAGACCUGCCCCCCCUGUAACCCGGGCUUCUACGUCACCAACACCUCCGCCUGCAUGCCUUGCCCCCCCGGUUCCUACUCCAAUGGAACAGUCUGUUCAGACUGCCCUGUUGGCACAGCCCCUGAGGUGGGCUUCGAGUACAAAUGGUGGAACAAGAUGCCCAGCAACAUGAGAAGCUCCGUCUUCAGCAGAGAGUACAGCGACUCUCACAGGAGCACGGCAUGGGAGGUGGCGGGGGAGUACAUCUACACCACCCCAGGGGACCUGGACUCGGACUACAUGAUGCUCACUCUAACCGUCCCCGGAUACAGUCUGCCUCAGGCUGUGGCCAAAGACAAUGAGAGGAGGGAGCUUUCCCACAUCACCUUCGUCUUUGAGACCUCGUGCACAGCGGACUGUACGCUUCAUUUCCUGGCGGGCUACAAUGAGAGGAACAAUAAAGAGGUGGAGCGCUGGGCCGGCUCCAGCAGGAAGCAGUCCUACUCCUACCUAGUCAGGAGUAACAGCACCACCAGUUUCACCUGGGCCUUUCAGCGCACCGAGAGAUACAGCUCAGAACUACAGUACAGCACGGACUUUGCCAAUUACUCAGUCCUCGUGACCAACGGUGGGGGCGUGGCUUCACGGUGUCGCCACUGCGCCCUCGGUUCCUCCGGCGCGGGCUCCGCCUGCGUCCCCUGUCCCCCUGGACGCUACAUGGUCAACGGAACGGGGGUGUGCAAGAGUUGUCCGCCCAAUACCUACAUCCUGGCUGAGCAUCAAGUAGGACAGGAUGCUUGUAUACCCUGUGGACCCAACACACACACCAACAAGGCUAGAUCAGCCUGUGUCAGCGACUGCAGUCUGGCUCUGCGCCGGCAGAGGGAGUUGCUGCGCUACAACUUCUCUCCCUUGGCCAACAUCACCGGCUUCCAGAGCGGAUCACGCUUCACUAGCAAAGGCCUCAGAUACUUCCAUCACUUCAAUGCCCUCUGCGGAACGGAGGGUAGAAAGCUGGCCAGGUGUGUGGACAACGUGACAGAGAGCAGAAGGGAGAUCGAAGGCUAUGCCUGCCAGUCCACCGUGGUUCCAGACAUCAGGGGCCAGUGCAUGGUGUCUUCCCAGCCCUUCAGCAUCGGGGACAAGCUUGUCGGUGUGACCACAGAGACAAGCCUGAGUGGCAUCUCCUCUCUGCAGCACUCUUUCCCCACCCAGCAAGACCUUCCUGAUGUCAUCUUCUACUACAGGGCCAGUGAAACGACACAGGCGUGUAGAAAGGGCAGGUCUACAACCAUCCGACUGAGAUGUGAUCCCACUUUAACAGACCAGAUUACCCUGCCAAGCAACUGUUCUGAGGGAACAUGUGAUGGCUGCUCUUUCCACUUCCUGUGGCAAUCUCAGUACGCAUGUCUCUGUACAGAGAGCCACUACAGGGAGAUAGUGAGCGCCUGCAUCCAGGGCAUUCAGGUAACAAGCCUACAAAGUUGCAAUGACUUUAUACACAAUUUAAGACUAGAUUUGUCAUACUGAUACACCCUGGAUUUCUGGCUCAAGUUCGGAGUGACCACAGGAACGAUUGCUGCCCUUCUACUCAUCAGUCUCAGCUGCUACUUCUGGAAGAAGACACGCAAACUGCAGUAUAAGUACUCCAAGCUGGUCAUGAGCUCUGGGGAGAAGGAGUGUGAGCUCCCUGCUGCAGACAGCUGCGCCAUCAUGGAGGGAGAGGACGCAGAGGACGACCUCAUCUACCUCACCAAGAAAUCCUUUUUCACCAGGAUCAAGUCCUUCUCAAGAGAGAGAACCUCUGAUGGAUUUGAUUCUGUACCUCUGAAGACCUCCUCAGGCCUGGACAUGGAGAUGAGUUAGAGCAGGGACAGAGCUACCUGUGUAGUACUCAAACAACAUGGGAUGUCAAAGUAGCAUUGUAUGAAUGGACCAACAAUACUGGAAGACACAACAUGCAUUUACUAUAAAUGUCACUACGAGGUUUCUUCACAAUAUAUGGGGAUGUACAGCCGUGGCCAAAAGUAUUGGAAGCGACAUACAUUUUGUGUUUGCAAAGCUUGCUGGGCCUUGGCAUAAAAUGACUGCUAAGAUAAUUUCAGUAAGUCAUAUCAUCAGCACAGGGGAAAGUGUGAACUAGUUCUAGCCAGGUGAAAUCACUCUAUCAUUCUGAUUGGGUUUUAAGAGCAGAUUGACUGCUGUAAAAGAAGGGACUAUUUGCAUAUAUUUAAAAUUCUCGCCCCCAAAAAGCUUAAAAAAAUAUGAAAUGUGCCUUAUUGUAUUCCAAUAUUCUAUAGAAACAUGUGAAAACAUUUUCCUCAAAUACUGAACCUGCAAACUUUGCAAAACACAACAUUUGUCAUUGCCAAAACUUAUGGCCAUGACUGUAAAUAUAUAUCUAUAUACCGUAGUAGAUUUUAUAUUUUUAUGAAUAAAAUUCAGGUCUUUAAUGCCUUGUGAACUGCUAUAGGGAGUAUAAAUUGUAAAUGUUUUGUUUGAUGUGUAGAACAGUAGUGUAAAGGCUAUUACAUUUCUGUGGACUCUAUACUGUGCCAGUGGUUCAAUCCAUAAAUUAUAAUUGUUUGUUGUAUUCUUGUACAUUUUUCAAAGAUAAAACAAGUUUGUUUUAUGGUUUAUAGAUUGCAGCCGUUUAGACUGUUGUGUUGGUUAAAGUUUCAUGCUUGAAUGUUUGUUUAAUUAAUUUCAAGUGUUCUUACAAAACCAUGGAACAAUGCCUUAUGUGUAUUUUACUAAUAGUAUCAUCAGGAGCUAUAUUUAAUUAAUGUUUUGUUUUGUUGACCAAAGAUUUCUUACGCCUAUCAAUUAUUUUUUUGCGUCUUUGUCAAAAAGUUUCUUUCCUACUUUCGCACAAGGCCCUAGCCAUGGAGUCAACAUUGGGGGGGACGAAAUCUGCUGGGGAGACCCCCCCUGAAAACUCCCCCUGGAGUCCCCCCCUGAAAACUCCCCCUGGAGACCCCCCCUGAAAACUUUUUUUUUCCUUUAAUUUUUUAAAAUGUUAUAAUUUCAGAAAGCGUGUGUGAUUGCCUGUCGUAGCGUAGCACAUUUAUAUUUUAUUUAUAUUUUUAUUAGGGAUGCACCGAUCUGACUUUUUCAGUCCUGAUACCGAUGCCUGGGCUUUGUGUAUCUAUCGAUACCAUUGUUGAAUCAAUAAUAAACUAUAUACCUUCCACCUUA